GCUGUCGGUCUACAUCCAUUCCAAAACGAAGUUGUUGAACUUGUUUAGAAAAUUCACCGGCAAGAGAGACUUGGUGAAAUUUGCUAAAACACGAUUUGCCACGGCUUUCUUGACAUUCAAAAGGUUGAAGGAGCACAAGAUGAAGUUGAUAAAACUUUUUAAUUGUGAAGAGUUCCUAACAACUAAUUACUCCAAGGAAGAGGCGGCAAAGGAGUGUGGCCGAAUUGUGCAAAUGCCAUCCUUUUGGAAUACACUUCAUGAGGCACUUAAAGUUGGAGGACCACUUAUGACGACACUUCGGUUGGUUGAUGGAGAUGUCAAACCGGCUAUGGGAUAUGUUUAUCCCGCAAUGGAGAUAACAAAAUCAGCAAUAGCCAAAGCCUUCAACAAUGACGAAACGAAGUGCAAGAGAGUGUUUGAGAUAAUUGAUACGAGAUGGACUUCUCAACUCCG